AUGGCAGUAGUUUCUUCUGCAUCCACUGAAGUUCUUGUCCAACACCUGAUCAACGUUUGCAAGGAGGAGUACUCUCUAACUCGAGGUCUCGAUGGAGCUGCCCAGCAGCUGAAGAGGACUUUGGGGAUGAUUCAGGCCUACUUGAAAGAUGCUGAGAAGAAAUCCAUCACCCAAGAUUCUGUUAGGUCCUGGUUGAAGGAGCUUGAAAGCGUGGCUUUCGAAGCUGACAAUGUCUUGGACGAACACUGCUAUCAUCUUCACCACAAAACAGUACACAACAUGAAAUCAUUCAAGGAUAAGGUACUAUCAUGCUUCUCAUCAUUUUAUGUCAUUUUGCAUCGGCGUAAUAUGGCUCAUGCAAUCAAACAAAUCAAUGCUGAAUUUGGGUCUAUGAACAAAACAGCAUUAGAUCUUGGCCUUCAAAGCAUGGUUGUGAAUGCACCUGCUCAUACUUCCAUUGAGACGGAUUCAUUCAGUCUUGAUCCAGUCUUUAUUGGUAGAGAUUAUGAUGUGUCCAUACUAGUCGACAUGCUCACCUUGACCCACCGACAGGAACGGAUGCUCUCCAUCCUUGCUCUUGUGGGAAUGGGGGGUAUGGGAAAAACUACGUUGGCUAGAAAAUUGUUUAAUCAUGAAAAGUUAAAGGCUCGAUUUGGAUCAACUACUAUUUGGAUUCAUGUCUCUCAAACUUUUGAUGCAAUAAGUCUCUUCAACAAAAUACUUGAUAAGUUGCAUAAAAAGAGUAGUGAUGGAGUAGAGAGCGGAGAUGAUAUUGUUGAAAAUAGUCAAGAAGCUCUCUGGGCUAGAGUUGGGAGCAGAUAUGAUAUUCCGGGAAAGAUUCAAGAAGCUCCUAAAGCUAGAGUUGAGAGCAGAGAAAAUAUCCUAGAAAAGCUUCAAAAAGCUCUCAAGACUAAAACUUAUCUUCUUGUUCUUGAUGAUGUAUGGAAUGAUGAUGUUUCUAAAUGGGAAGACUUUAUAAACUCCAUACUGGGAGUUACUUCUACUAGCGGAAAUGUCAUUAUCAUCACCACUAGGAGUCAAAGAGUUGCAUCAAUUGUUAACCCAUUUCAUAUUCAUCAUUUGGAUGGCUUAUCGGAUGAAGAUUGUUGGUCCAUAAUCAAAGCCAAAACUUUUGUUGAAAAUGGUAAAGUUCCUUCAGGACUUGAGAUGAUUGGAAGGAAGAUAGCUAAAAGAUGCCAAGGUUUGCCCUUAGCUGCCAAUGUAAUUGGGGCCGUGCUUCGCGGUAAGUCCGAAGAUGAGUGGCACUCUAUUAAUGAAAAAUGGCUUUCAGAUGAUGAAGGAGGUGAAAAUAUCAAAAAUAUAUUGAAAUUGAGCUAUGAUUACUUGUCCUCACCAUCGCUCAAGAAGUGCUUCGUGUAUUGUUCGGUUUUCCCGAAAGGUUAUGAAAUCGAGAAGCAGGAGUUAAUUGAACAAUGGAUGGCAGAAGGGUUUCUACAACCAAGUCAAAGAGAUGACAUGGAGUCUGUGGGCAACAUGUUUAUUAAUGUGCUUGUACAAAACUCUUUGUUGCAAGUUGUAGAGAGAGAUGAAUAUGGAAAUGUUUGGACGUGUGUGAUGCAUGCUCUUGUGCAUGAUCUUGCAUCUUAUGUUUUAUCCAACAAUGGCAGCACUCCAACUCGAUACAUGUUUCUCCAAGAAGAAUUGAUUGCUAUUCCAAAUGAAACGGCCAAGCAUUUGCGCACAUUAAUCAUGGAUUGUGAAACUUCUGGUAUGAAGUUCUCAGACUUUGGCCGUUUGCACAAUCUAAUUCUCCCUAAUGGUUGUAAGGAGUUGCCCAAUUCAAUCAGGGAGCUGAUGCAUUUGAGAAAUUUGGAUAUUUCAUAUACAGAAAUUGCCAAGUUGCCAAAAUGGAUUCAUAAACUUCAUCACUUGGAAACAUUAAGAGCAUGUCAGGAAUUAGAGAAACUUCCAAGUACGUUAAAGUACAUGCUUAACUUAAGGCAUCUUCAUAUCCAUUCUGAUACAAAGUUGCCAGCAGAGAUUGGGAGAUUAACUAAUCUUCAAACACUACCUCACUUCAUAGUGGGCAAAAAGAAGGGAUACCAAAUAGAAGAGCUCGGAAGUUUGAAGAAUCUCAAAGGAACACUAAUGAUUCGUAAUCUGGAGAAGGUGCUUGAUAAGGAAGAGGCUCUGAAAGCAAAUAUGUUUCAGAAGCCAAACUUAUUAGAUUUGGAGUUUGCAUGGGAUGAUGGUAUAGAAGAUGAAAGAAAUGAUGAGAGUGUGUUGGAAGGCCUCCAACCUCAUGCCUAUUUGAAGAAGUUGAAGAUUUUAGGAUUCAAAGGAAAAAGAUUUCCAACAUGGGUUAAGAAGAUGGCGGUAUAUAAUGGGCCUCAUGGCUCUUCGGUACCACUUGACAACUUGAUUGAUAUUCGACUCUCCGGGUGCUCAGAAAUUGAAGAAAUCCCAACGCUUGAGCACUUGUCUAAUCUCAAGUCUCUUCGUUUGAAAAAAUUGAAGAAUGUGAGAUAUCAGAAUGCCGUGUGUUGA